CCCCGACCUGGCCGUCCGAGCAGCCGAGCCGAUGGCGCCGCCCAGCGAAGACGUCUACGACACGACGACGGAGCCGCCGGGAGAGGUCCUCAUCCUGAGCUACGACAAGUUCUGCGACGACGACCGCAGGAACGACGGCUCCCUCAGCGACGUGCAGAAUCUGACGCGCCUCUUCACGCAGAUGGGCUACGGACUGCAGACGCACUGGAACCUCUCGAAAGGGGACACUAUUCGCACCGUGAAGGCCUUCAGUGCGAAUAAGCGGUUGAAGGAGGCGGGUUGUGUGAUCGUCGUCGUCCUGAGCCACGGGAGGGACAGACGGACCUUCUACACGUCCGACGGGAGUCCCCUGAGGGUCGACACCGUGAGGGACUUCUUCCUGGAGGAGGCGUGCCCGCUCAUGAAGGGCAAGCCGAAGAUUUUCCUCUUCCAGAUGUGCAGGGGAGAGGACGAGCCGACGGAGUUCGAGACCGACAGCAUCGACGCCGUGAGAGAACCGCCCAGGAACAUGAUGGUUAUCUACAGCACCACCGAAGGCUUCGUCAGCAUCCGCCACAAGGACUCCGGGUCGCCCUUCGUCAACGCCUUCUGCGAGGUUCUGGCCGAAGAGGCGUGGCAUCUUAGCCUGGACGAGCUCCUGAGGAAGAUUCAGAAGCGGUACAACACCGAGGGAUUCGGAGCAGUGAUCGAUAAGCAGGACUUUCACUUCAUGAAGCGAUUCUAUUUCAAUCCCAGAGGCAGAUGUGCCAGCUGAUU